UUAAGGUAAUUACGUCAUAUCCGUAGAACGGGAGGACCUCCUCGCUUGUUCAGCCAUGAUUCAGUGUGUGUGUGUGUAUGUUAGCGUGUAGCCUCUUAUAAGCUACGACAAACGCGAUAGUAUCAGGUUGUGUACCUUCUAUUUGUAAAUGGGCUACCUUACUUUGGUCAGAACAAGAAGCUGGACGCCUUUGCAAGGUAGCCUAGAGCGGUGAAGUGGACAUCUCGGCAUAUCCUUUAUACGUAUACUAUGUUGAGUGUCGUUAACAUACGAGCUCAGAUUUCCUCUGUUAUCGAUGCACUGUCCAAAGCUGCUGUUGCAGAAAUUGCCAAAGUUGUCGAAGAUGGCAUGGUGGUGUGGCGUUUGGAAAUAUGCCAACGCGACAAUGAGAUCCUAAAGCUGAAAGACAACAUCGCCGUUCUCAACAAUGAGCUGAAAGCAGCGACUGGGGGUCAAGAUCGAGGGAUGAUCGUUCUUACUGAGGAUGAACGACCAGGGAGUGAUGUCGCCAAUGAUGCCUGCAAUGAAAAUGUGCUUGACAAGGACCCAAGCAAAGGGUCCACACCUGAGGUACAAGUCAAGAGGGAGCCUGGAGAGAAGACCGUCACCGACGCUAGAGAGGCCCUGGCCCAGCAGGGAACAGAACAGACCCGCUUUGAAAGGGAAUCUGGAACGUGGAGAGCAAACUCCAUGUACAACGCAGCUGGACUCGGUACUUCUGACUAUCUGGGUUUGGCAGAGGGCCUCCCGCCUGGUCCAUCGGCUCCCACAGGAGUCGGCAGCUCGUCUGGCGUUGUUGUCGGCUCAGGGGCUGUACAGCAAAACUCUGCUGCCCGUGAGCAGCUUGCUUUCAGCUAUUAUCGUAACAAUUACAACCCGGUCCGGUGGAGGAACAUUAAGAGCUUAAUGUUUAAGAGGGGCUUCGCCUGUCUCUACUGUGGCAAGAACUUCAGCCGGAGGGCCCACCUCGAAAGGCACAAACUGAUCCACACUGGCGAGAAACCGUACGUCUGUGAGCUGUGCGGUCGGCGAUUCAACCAGAAGAGCAGCGUCAAGGAACAUAUGAAGAUACACCAAAAGGGUCUUCAGCUCAAACCAGAAAUACAAGGCACAGCUGAACAUCGGCAAGAUCCUGAAGAGAAAUUUAGUGCAGACACCCCCCAUGCUGAAAUUGGGGGCCAGUCUACAGUUAAAGAUGAGCUGCUGCAUGAAGAAGCCCAUCCCACCACAGGUUUUCCAGUGAAGUCAGGACCUGAGGUGAAAGUGGCAGCCCAACCCCUGAACCCAUGUCCGGGGGGAAGUCAUCCAGCCAGGGAGGCCAGCGGGAGCCCGGCGGAAGACGUCAAGGUCUUCGAUAGAGACAGAGAGUUGUGGCUGCCGGGGCCUCAUGUGAAAAAGAACCCAGGCACAAGCAACGGCGUCAUGGGGAGGAGCAUGCCCUCUGGGUCGGGACACGGCUCCUUACAUCCUACUACCCCACGGGAACAUUUACGGCCCUUUAACAUGUCGGUGAAACCGUACCGAAGUCCGAGUGACAACGCCACUUCGCUGACGCGAUAUUCGUCGCCGGGGUCGUUCGGUGAGACGGGGAUGUCGGCAAACUUCAACUGCAUGCCGUGGCAGCCGCACUGGGCACGGAGGAACCCCUCCUUUGAGCCGGCCAAGCCCAAGAAGUGCUUUGUCUGCCCGUUCUGCUGCAAGGUCUUUGAGCGCAGCGGACACCUCGAGAGGCACGUGAGGAUCCACACGGGCGAGAAGCCGUAUGGCUGCCAAAUUUGCGGGAGGUUCUUCAAUCAGAAGGGCAGUCUGAAGAUCCACUUGAAGACCCACAGAACUGAACAGAGCAUAGAAAUGUUGGAGGCGCUGCAACAGGAAGGCAACCCCCAACCCCAGAUGAUCGCCGGUACGUCCAUGUCCGGACCGCCCGCCUUGGGGGGCCGCAUCCCCGACUCGCCGUACGACGCCGGCCGCGGCGAGCCCCCGGUCACCGUGAAGCUGGAGCCCGAGACGGACUACGUCCUACCGCCGGGAAACGCCCAGGGCAUAGCAGACGACGCCAACUUCCUGUGGACCUCGAUCAUCGAGGACGGCGGCCAUAGCCUCUCGCCGCUGGCGUCGACGUACAGCGCGCACGCGGCGAGCGUGGUGUCGAACAUGGUGAAGGACUGGUUGGGCCCCGGCAGCGAGCCCGGGGCCCACGGGUCCCAGGACAAAGAGGUGCCCUCGGUGAAGGGCAAAGAGGAUAUGGAGAUGAUGCUGCAGGAGCCGUAUACGGGCAUGGACCCUUCCCAGGAGGGCGCGUCGCCGUUCGAGGUCCCCGACCUGAACGCCCUGGACGAGGGCUGUGGCGGCGACGGGGACAAGCAGAACGGGUUCAUCUGCUUGACCUGCGGGACGAGCUAUGAAUGCUGGAGUAACUUUGAGAGCCACCAGUGCAAAGAUCCCAGUUAGUAGAUUGAUUUGGCAAAUCCUGUUUUUCUAUUUAAAAAUGACAUUAGUUGCGUAGUUUGCAACGAUGAUUUGUUUUUUUAAUAUUGCAUAUUCAAUACUUUAUAGUGCUGUCGACAUGUGCAAUUUCAAUUUGAGUCGUUAAGGUGGUCCUUCCUUUUCUUUUGGGGAGAAUUCUGACACAGGCCCCUUAGAAGUCAUGGGAACCGGGGCCUUGUUCAAUGUCACAUUACAUACGUUUGUGCGUAUGUAAAUACUGCCUAGGUGUUGUGCAUGAAAUUGUUACAAAAGAAGGAAAUACAGUCCUUUCCGAGUGGUGUCCUAUGUUGCACAGUUUCUCUGUUGAUCUGCAGCUGUCAUACGGUAGCCCAGACAAAUUAAAGUGAAUUUGAAGAUGAUUGUGUUGAAACAUAACCUGGGUUGUCUGUUAAGCUCUUUGAAGUUUUGACCUUUUUUCUGAAAGCUCAAUUUUAAAUUCAAAUAUUUAAGAUUAAAAAAGGAAAUGAUAAAUUA